AUGGUUUUUAAGCCGUUCACCCACCUCGCGCGCCAGAGUUUCACCAAGGCCUUCACCCAUGGCUAUGCUCAAUCGGUAGUCGCAGCAUCGCAGACCUACGCGUCACCCCUAAACUCCAUUGCCUCACAACCCGCCAAGUUCUCUCGCACCCAACUACAGAAUGCUUUCACCAACGCGUCAAGCUCAUCUGGCGGCGCCGGUGGCGCCAAGGCUAACCAGGCCUCUGGAUCGGGGGAUUCUGGCCUAGCUGCCUACUACGCCGCCUGGCAGCACGCGCAGCAAACUGGCGACGAUAGUGACUGGUGCCAAUUCCAGUUCAAGCGCCGCAUCGACUGGAAGCCCUCCGCCGAAGAAAUCGAGCAGGCCAACGAAGACCGGCCCGAAUCCGCUCCUCCACAUCUCACCAAGGCUGCCGCCAACGAGAAUGUGAGCGCCCAGGUUGAGGAGGCGGUGGCUCUGGAGAUCCAGAAGAUCCAGGAGCAGCACGAACAAUCGGAGGAAUCCUCGGAUGUGAGGGAGGCUGCGGCGAAGGAAUCUGCCGUUGAGGAUGUGAUGCUCUCAGAGGCGAUCUCGGAGGAGUCUAAGGCUGCUUCUGCGAAGAUUAUGCAGCUGGCUCAAUCUAACAACUUUGCAGAGAUCCCAGCUGCCUUCCAAGCUGUGCUUCGGGAGGGUCUGACACCGACCGUGGAGGCUUAUAAUGCUCUUCUCCUCGCGGCUAUCAGACUUCACCCUGAGGCUUCGCAGGCGAUCCCAAAGGCGCUCGAUGUUUACUCCGAUAUGCUUCGUCGCAACGUCAUGCCCGACGAGGAUACCUAUGAGACCCUUGUUCAGCUUUUGGUUGCCAACGCGAACGAUUCGAUCAAGGCCAAGGAGGUUUUGGAGCAGGAGCGGGUUCGUUAUGGUGGCAUGGAGGAGCCUGGCAAGUUCAUGCUUCAGUCUCGCGAGUUGGAGCGCGACAUUCUGGCUGAGGACCACUCCUUGUCUAUUGCCGUGAAGCUGUUUAACACUGCCAUUGCCCGUCACCCUCUAUUGGUAUUCCCUCUGGAUUUGUACCGCCAGUUCAUCAUUGCCUGCGCUCGUGAUGGCAAGGUAGAUGACAUGGUUCUUAUCUACGCCCACAUGGAAUCGCAGAAGGUGCAGCCUCACGCCACCAUUUAUCCUCACAUGAUUGAUGCUUUCGCCAGCACCGGUGAUCUCAAGAGUGCGGUGGAAUGCUAUCAGGAGUACCGAAGCCUGGCCGUUUCGGACGACAGCGGAGUUUUCAGCAUUGUUCAGCGACUCGACGGACAGGUUUACGCAGCCCUUAUCCGUGCCUACUUAUCUUGUGGCAAGGAAGAGGGUGCGAUGAACUUCCUCGACCGGAUUCGUUCUUCCUUUGAUGGGGUUACCGAGGACCGCGAGAGCCGUUGGUCCGCUGUGGAGAGCGUGAUUGUCCAGGAAGCAUUUGUGCAACACUCCGUCAAGAUUGGGGAGCACAGCAAGGCUUUAGAGAAGGCUAAGGCUGAGCUCCACAAUGAGGCUCGGGAUCAGGCCAUUUCCCAGAUUUGUGUGGCCGCGGCUGACGCAGGUGAUCUAACCACUGCCUCCGAGGCGUAUGAUCGUCUGUCCACCGCGCCGGCAACACGCCAGGUUCCCGCCAUCUCGCUCCUUGCCCUCCACAUUCGUCGGGGCAAUGUUUCCGCGGCACGUUCCUUGUGGAUCAUGCUGAACACCGUGGGUCAGGCAACCCCGGAUAUGGUGCAGCCGACCGCCAUGUACGCAGUGGCGUUGUUGAAGAGUGGCCAGGUCGAGGCGGGUCUGCAGGAAGCUCGCAACAUGUUUGCUCGCAUCCGCACUUCCUCUGCUAACCAGGACGUUGCCGCGACGAUUCGAGAGCAGAUUACUGAGUCCCUCCACCUCUUCGGACGUGUCAUCGUUCAGACCGCUGCCGUCCUGUCCCCGCAGUCGUCCAUGUCACUGCUGUGGUCUAUGAUUGAUAACGGUGGCCUGGUGUCCCCCCUAGCUGAACAUGCCGUUGCCAAUCUCACUCCCAUCGGUAUCUCGCAGUUGAACCCAGCCGACCUCACUCUUGCCCUUCAGGUUCAAGCUGGUAUGCUUGCUAGCAACACUGCCAUGCUGUUUGAUAUCGCCCACCCGGCCCGCUUUGCGCACAUGCUCGAUGUGGCUUUGUCAACUUCCCUCCCCUUGGACAACUACACCACUGGCCUGAUCGACCAGGGUAUCGCUCAGAUCUUCGCUAACCGCCCCGACGUCGUCAAGAGAUGGCAAGACCACAUGGAGGCCAGUUCUCAGGCCUCUUUGCUGUCUGCGCGUCACAGUCCUGUCUCCGCUGCCGAAACCUCUAUUACCGUCCCGUCUUCCAGCCCCGAUUCCUUCGACCCCUACGCUUAUGCCACCGACUUCCGCGCCUCUGCUAUUAUUGCGGAGGAGCUUGAGAAGACCGCUGGACGGCCUGAGUCACACCUUAGCGAAGCCAUGAUCCGUCUUAAGAACAUGCGCCGCAUUGGUCGUCACCCUCGCUACAUCACAUACGCUAAGCUGAUCACCGCUGCUGCGAAGAUUGGUCGCACGGAGUUGGUUCAUGAGAUUCACGCCAUGGCCCGCACUGACGUUCCACUCAACUUGGCUCACAACACUGUUAAGUACGGUUGGGUUUCGAUCCUUGAUGCCAUGGUUGCUGCUUGCCUUACUCUUGGAGACCGUCAGCUGGCUGGCCAGUUCCACCAAGAGCUUCUUGGUCUGGGCUCUGCGCCUUCCGCUAACACCUUUGGUCUGUACAUCACUACUCUGAAGGAGUCUACCAAGACCUUCGACGAGGCCACUGAGGCUUUGAAGAUCUUCCACCGCGCCGUCGCUGAAGGUGUCGAGCCUACCUCGUUCUUGUACAAUGCGCUUAUUGGAAAACUCGGAAAGGCUCGUCGCAUUGACGACUGCCUUGCUUACUUCGCCGAAAUGCGUGCCAACAACGUUCGCCCAACUAGCGUCACCUACGGAACUAUCGUCAAUGCGCUGUGUCGUGUCAGUGAUGAGCGCUUCGCAGAGGAGAUGUUCGAGGAGAUGGAGUCCAUGCCUAACUACAAGGCCCGCCCCGCUCCUUACAACUCCAUGAUCCAGUACUUCUUGAACACAAAGCAGGAUCGCAGCAAGGUUCUGGCCUACUACGAGCGCAUGCAGGCUCGCAACAUCAAGCCAACCAUGCACACUUACAAGCUGCUCGUUGACGCGCACGCCUCCCUCGAGCCCAUUGACAUGGAUGCCGCUGAGAGAGUUCUUGAGUCCAUGAAGGCUGCUGGUCAGCAACCCGAUGCCGUCCACUAUGCCUCCCUGAUUCACGCCCAGGGCUGUGUCCAGCACAACCUGGUCGCUGCUCGCAAGAUCUUCGACUCCGUCAUCGCCGACCGCAACGUGCGCCCGCAGCCAUGCUUGUUCCAGGCUCUUUUCGAAGCAAUGGUCGCCAACAACCGCGUUGCCGACACCGAGGAGAUUGUCCAGGGUAUGAUGCAGCGUAACGUCGAGAUGACCGCUUACAUUGCCAACACACUCAUCUCCGGAUGGGCCACUGAGGGCAAUGUCAUGAAGGCCAAGACCAUCUACGACAGCAUUGGAAUUAAGAAGCGCGAGCCUAGCACUUACGAGGCUAUGACCCGUGCUUUCCUCAGUGCUGAUGACCGCAGCAGUGCCGCCACCAUCGUCCAGGAGAUGAUGUCGCGCGGAUACCCCCCUGCUGUGGCCAACAAGAUCCUGGAUCUUGUAGGCGGAGCUCCCUCUGUCUAA